AUGUCGUGUUCAGGUCUGGAACAGUGCAUUCCGUUUAUGCGAUUCGACCAUUUCACUGGAAAUGAAGUCACCUACAUUUUCACACUCAUUGGACUUGGAUGCAUACCAUUGAUCUGCUUUGGCAUCGGCUACAUUCUAAUCCAACGUCGUCGUCGUAUGGGUUGGGACAUAUCAUACGAUGAUCUUUCCGCAACGGCUGUCGACGAUGAUGCACCCAAGGAUCGAUACUCUAUUCAAGCUUUUGAAUGGUUGGACGAGUGCUACGUUCGGCAAGUGAUAGUGGAAUUUGCGCCUGGUAUUCUUACUGUGAGGAAACCACGAGGGCAGAUUUUGAGGAAGAUGAUCUUCCCGGAAAAUGCAGACAUCACAGUGUAUCACAGCGAACCUAAUGCUUCCACUAUUCAUGGUCCUUACUGCCUCAUAAAACUGAAGAAGACGCACGAUUUGGUAUUGCGACUACCAUCUGACAAACAUUUACCAGAGUUCUUAGCUGCGCUUACCUUGUGUUUGAAGAAGUUCGACGGAAGAGUCACAUCUAUAGCCACUCCGAAUGAAGUGCUUCUGGAAAAGGCAGAAACUAAGGAACGCCGUCAACAACGUUUGGAUCAUUUCUUCCGUGAAGCCUAUGCCCGCGCUUUCGAUCAACCCAAACUUAGUGACGCCACAAAUAGGGAACAUGAUAGCGACGAUAUAUUAAACCAAACCAUCACCAAGAGUGAACUCGCACAAGCGAUGGGAAUGCGUGAAAAUGACGUGUUCGUAGAGCGAAUGUUCGCUGUCACUUCUCGAACCGACAGCGAUGUUAUCACAUUUGCCGAAUUUUUGGAAGUCCUGAAACAAUUCAAUGAAGGUUAG